AUGAGCUACAGUGUCGACACAUUUACAGAUUAUAUUUUAUUUUUUGGAUCAUCUAGUUUAGUAGGAAAAGGCGCUCUAGAAAAUCUGCUGGACAUAAAUUUUUAUAUUAAAAAUGUUUCGGAUAUACAAGGUAAGCUUGAUAGCCUAACUGAAAUAAAAGGAGAUGUUGUCCUCAACAAACAUGUCUUUUGUGUCAAUAGAAGGAGCAUUGCUGAGGAAAAAUCAUUUAUGAAGACCAUUGAUUAUAUAAAUAUGAGAUCAGUUACUUGGAAAGGUGGCAGAUAUUAUUUGAGAAGCAGAAAAGAAAAAGAUACUGAAAAAAGAGCGCCUAGUCCUAAUACUUUUUGUUAUGAUGCUUUUGAAGAGGGAUUCAUUAAAAAUACCACGGAGGAGAAAGGAAAUGACAAUUUUUCCUUUACCUAUAACCAGAAACAAUUCAGUUAUGCAUUACAUUAUGCGUGCGGAAAGGAAAAAGGUUUAGGAAUCAUUUAUAAUUUUACUGUAACGCAGAUGAUUAUCCCUCGAUCUGAAAAUUGGCCAAGACUGCUUUCACGUAUUUUCUCAGGAACACGGAAGCUGGAAAAAUUUGAUACUAACAACAAAACUUACGUGCCUGGUAAAAAUUUGCCUAAUUUAUGUGAUAUUCGCACCAUGGUAUGUUCUUUGGGCUCUACUUCAGCUAGAGUGCGGAAAACGCAAGUACCAAAUUCCUUUGCAGAUUACUACUUGCCUUUUACUUUGGCACAAGAAUUCACGAAUACAACAGACAAAAAAUUGGUGGUUAUAACUGCCUUUAAUAAUGACUUUCUUAGCAAAACUUUUGAGUACUUCAGAACGAAAGCAAAAUUGGAGAAUGAUUUGGAUGAAUCUUUGCCAAAUAAGCUAAAAGAGCUCGUUAUUUUGAGACCAGGUCCAAUGUGUGGGCAGCACGGAAAUCCUAUAAACGUUGGAUUGGGUCAAGAAAACUCAAAUCUUUUAGAGAAAAUUUUGUAUUAUCCUCGAUAUCUUUUGGUUUAUAAAAAGCAAUAUAUUGGCGAGGUCAGAAGGGUUGGUUUACGAACAAAGUUAAGCGAAAUAAUUGCUUCGAGCAUAUACAGGAUGCCAGGGUCUGCAUUAUUAGGAUAUGCUGUCCCAGUUUCAAAAGUUUCUUAUGUUGCGUCUUUAAUGGCGAUUGAAAGGAAAAGUAAAGAAGCAGGGCCUAAGCUGGAAGUAAUUAGUAGUUAUCAAAUUGACAUGAUUGCGUAA